AUGUCGAAUAGUCAGCACUCUAGUCGAAUUGACACAGCUCUUGUGUGCGCCCUGCUUAAUCUGACGUCUCUUCAGGCCGGGCUCGCUGUGCCGCGCCCUAGCCAGACCUCCGAGGUGAUUGACCGCUGGUCAUUCCACGACCGCCGAGACAGAACAAUGCCGAGAAUUGCGGAACAGAGCGUGGACAAAAUACUGGUGGCCCUAGGCCCGACCGGACGCUACCAGCUGCUACAGAUGAUCGUCAGCCUCCUGGGUUCCAUUCCUGGCGGGCUACAGCUUCUGGGAAACGUGUUUAUUUGCGACCCAGCACCCCACCACUGCGCCCCAGCCCCUACCGCCAACCAAACAGCCUACAUCCAGUCUCUCUCAGGGGCAGAUAACUCGUCCAAUGUUGUGUACGGCCAGUGUAACAUCACGGUGUGGUCCGGGAACGCCAGUGUUGGAGACUACUCCUGUCUGUUCGGCGUGGAUUAUGAGCUGGAUAGAGAUAUGUCGGCUAUUUCACAGUUUGACCUCGUCUGUGAUCGAAAGCCCCUGGCCAGCCUUGCACAGUCAUUGGUCAUCGUUGGUCAAGGAGUGGGCGCCAUGUUGACCACGCCCAUUAGUGACCGCCUGGGCCGGAAGGUGGUUCUGGUCUUUGCAAACGUCGGCUUGUUGACCGAAAUACGACUUGUUUCUAUUUCUGCACAGUUUGACCUCGUCUGUGAUCGAAAGCCCCUGGCCAGCCUUGCACAGUCAUUGGUCAUCGUUGGUCAAGGAGUGGGCGCCAUGUUGACCACGCCCAUUAGUGACCGCCUGGGCCGGAAGGUGGUUCUGGUCUUUGCAAACGUCGGCUUGUUGACGUCUGGUCUGUGUAUCGCUUUCGCGCCAAACUACGUGGUGUUCACCAUCUUCAAGUUUAUUGUAGGGGCGUUUCAACAGGUACCUGGACGAGUCUCUUCGCUGGCUUAUGGCCAACGGGAAAACACAGAACAUUGAUAACAUCAUCCGGAGAGCCGCGAGGGUCAAUGGGAAAAACCUGGAUGAUAUCUUGCAG